AUCAUCCGCGGACGUCAUGUUUUACACGCCGUGAAGAAAGUUAUGGCUGGCGUGGAUGUCCCUCCGGUCUUCAAAGACCUGCCGGUCAAGGUCCAGACAUCAAAGCUUGUCAUCAGAAAAGACAUUUUCUCUCAGCUUCAAGAAGCUACAAAGAAUGUGUUGCUGCCGGAACCCCGUCUGCGGGGCCUGUGCCACGUGCUGCGGCUCACGCUGCCGCGCUACCACGGCAGCAACUCGCGCCACCUGGUGGAGCAGUUCCUCGAGUGCCUGCUCAAGAACCACCCGUCGAGCGCCGGCCAGCUCAUUGCCACCGUGCUCGAGGUGUCCCGCGAGCACCGGCCCCUCUUCAUUACGAAGAACCUGGCUCGCACGUGUCUCACGGCCCUCAGCUGGUCGUGCAAGGUCGCAAGCCAAGUCUUCGUCAACAAGGGAGACCUCAAGCCAGACAAGAUGAGGGACCUCGUGGAGGCCCAGGCCAACCUGCUGCUGUCUGUGGUGUCCGCCUGCGACGCCACGCUCAACAAGAAGGCCAGGCGCAAGAUGAACUACCUGUGGAAACAGGUGACUCCCGAAGCCUACCUGGAGGUGCUGGCAACCCUGGAGUCGUCUUGUCCCGUGCUGCUCUCCUGGUGCUUCCUGAUUGGCUACCUGGACACGCAGAAGCUCAGGGAGCUUAUCCACAGCCACAAGGCCAAGUUCCUGGAGGUGUUCCGCACUGCGGUCCUUGGCAGCAAGACUCCAGCCCCCACUCAUGUCCUGGAGCAAUCGAGGUCCCUGCUGAGGCACGUGACCCACGACGACUUCAAGGGGCAGCUGCUGCCGGCCCUGCAGAAGGCCAUGCUCAGGAACCCUGAGAUCAUCAUGGAAAGCGUGGCGCACGUGAUGCAGGGAGUCUCUCUGGAGCUGAGUCCCUACCUGGGCGACCUGGGCAAGAGCAUUGCACAACACCUGAUUGCCAAGGACGAGGCAUGCCGCCAGGGGGCGGUGCUGGCCCUCCGCCACCUGGCCAAGCAGUGCGGCUCCCAGGAGGCCCUAGAGGUGCUCCUCUCGCACCUCGUGGAGGUGCUCAACGGGUCCGAGGGCAAGCUGAGCACAACGGAGCAGCGGCUGGGCGUUCUGAUGGGGUUUGGAGAGGUGAGCUGCCACGUGGUGACGGGGGCCUCCCACGUGCAGAAGCUCAGCGAAGCUGCCCUCAAGCACCUGCUUCAGGUGCUCAAGUCGGAAGUGCACGAGGGCACCCUCCUGCUCACCCUGAAGGUGAUGUCCAAGUGGUGCUCCCGCUUCACGGAGGACGUGCCGGCGUUCCUCGUCGAAGGAUUUCAGACCGGCAUGGGGCUCAAGUCAUCGACCUCUGCGGUUCGGUACGGAUACCUACAGUGCAUGUUGUCUGCUUUCCACGGGGUGCCGGGGCCGGGCGUGGAGCCCCUGGUGGGCCUCCUGCUCAAGGCAGUGGAGCGAGCCCUGUCCCAGCCCAGCCAGCCCAGCCCCGUGUGCGAGGGCCUGGCCGCCGCAUGCCUGCUCCUGCGCCUGCAGGCCAGCUCCCCCGCCCUGGAGAACAAGGUGAAGGCGACCGUAAGCCAGCUCUUGGAUCCGCAGAAGCAGCCCUUCUUUGCCGACAAGUUCCUGCAGACCGCCUCAGAAGACACCUACCUCCUGGUGCUUCAGCUGAUCACACGCAUGAUCCUGGAUCACCCUGACUCCUCAUUGGCCAACCUCAAGCCCUUUGCCCUGCCCCUGCUCAGGGCACUGAGCCACAGCGCCCACCCUGUGCGCCAGUCGGCCCAGAGCACCGUCAAGAAGCUGGUGUCGGUACUGGGCGGCACCUCCCUGGCCUGCUUCCUGCUCAGGGAGUUCCCGGAGUUCGUGGAGACCCACCUCAAGGAAAAGGUGGAGGAUGCAGAGGCCACGGAGGCCAAGGUCCUGUCGGAGGCCCUGGUGACAAUCUGCUCUGGGUCCAACCUGGACGCCAAGGACGUCGAGGACCUGGCCCUGGAGUCCCUCCUGCCCGCCCACCUCCCCGUCUUUGCGUCGAGAUAUCCAAAGCUAUGGCGACGGAUCUUAGAGCUCCUCAAACUGGAUCUGAAGGCACCGGUGGACCCUAGUCGAGCUCUGCCCCUCGUCUUGGGCAAGAAAGUGCUGACACCGGAGCUGAAGGGAGCGGUGCGGACCCUGGUGGCCCUCCUUCCGGCCGACACCCUCCCCGCCGUGGUGUCCGAGGUUCUGGGGGUGCUGGGCCAGUCCGAGCUGCGCACGGUGACGGCCGAGGAGCACGCCAUCUACACCACCCCUGAGGGCACCCUUUUUAACAAGGCCGUCCUCUCCAGCGUGGUAGAAGCCACGACAGAGUCGAAGAACAUCAAGCGCGAGAGCAAGGUCUACUCGUACAAGGAGCAGAUGGAAGAGAUUGAACUCAAAAAGGAGCUGGAGGCCAAGAAGAAGAGCAAGGUGCAAGAGCCCGAACUGAGCAAGAAGCAGAAGGAAGCCAUGGAAGCGCAGCUCCAGAAGGAGCACGCCGUGCGCCUGCGCAUCCGGAAGCUGGCUGAGUCGGUGGAGAGGGCGCUGCAGUUGCUGGGGGCGGCGCUGUCUGCACCGGCGCCCACGGUGUGCCUUCACGGGGCUCCGCUGUUCCCCGAGGUGGUGCAGGCACUGACGUCGCUCUUCAGCAGUCGUCUGGCAGCCCCCUACGUGGUGCAGGCCUUCCUCGGGCUCAAGGACGUCCUCUUCCCCCCGGACCUCAGACACUUUGGUCAGUGGGUGGGGUUCCUGACCCUACGGCUGGCGGGGCCCUGCUGCCCCUUGGACCCCCGCUGGACCCAGGAGGACCUGGAGGAGUGCACCCAGCGGGUGGUGGGUCGCCUCCACGACCUGACCUGUGGGGGCAGCCGUCGCCUGGCCUCCCCCGCCUUCUGCUUCGCCUUCCCCCUGCUGCGCCUGGUGCUGGCCAGCCCGGACUCGGGGGACCAGCUGGUCACCCAGUGCCUGCAGGUGCUCAGCGCUCACUCCUUUAUGCGCGCCAGGGAGCCCCUCAGCCUGGAUAAUCCCAAGAACCUUCCCGUCGAGAAAAUGCUGGAGGCCAUUGUCAGCCUCCUCGGCCGAACAACAGGCCGCAUUCAGCGGCUGGCCCAGAAGGUGGCGGUGGACGUGUGCUUUUCGAUCAGCGGCCUGGAAGGCUGCAGUCGAGCCGAGGUGGCCGAGAUCAAGGUGCUCCUGUCGGCCCUUUACUGCCCCGAGCUGGUUGUGCGGGAGACCGCCCUGCAGUGCCUGCUGAUGCUGCAGCUGGUACUGCCUACCAAAGAGAAGGAUCCGUCCAACGCCCUGGAACUGGCAUCCCGAGUUUGGGUGGCAAAGUUCGACUCCAAGGAAGAGAUACAAGCACUUGCCGAAAAGCUGUGGCGUGAGCUGCUGCUGGAGCCCGAGCCGGCCAUGGCAAGCCGCCUGCUGGGGGACGUGGGCCACCCGCAUGCGGAGGUUAGGGUGGCCGCUGCAGGGGCGCUCCGGGCCCUGGUUGCCGCCUUCCCGGACUGCUUCCAGGAGGUGCUGCUGCGCCUCAUGGAGACCUACGAGAAGUACUUGCAGCGUCCAGAGCCGAUUCGCGACAGCUUCGGCCGGGUGCUGGUGGAGAGCCCUCCCGACGUGUGGGAGCCCCGCAGUGGGGUGGGUGUAGCACUGGGACAGCUGGCCUCCCUGGUGCCCACCGCCUGCGUGGCCCAGGUCAUGCAGUUCUUCGUACCACUGGCCCUGAGCGAUCCCCGGCCACAGGUCCACAAGGCCAUGCUGGAUGCCGCAGUCGCCCUCAUCGACUUCCAUGGAAACGGCGCAGUGCACCUGCUGCUGCCGCUGUUUGAGAAGUUCCUGGACGAGGCCCCGGACGACGUGAGCUACGACCAGGUGCGGCAGAGCGUGGUCAUCCUCAUGGGCACCUUGGCCCGCCACCUGGACAAGGAAGACCACCGGGUCAAGCCCAUCGUCAAGAAGCUGAUCGACACCCUGGCCACACCCUCGCAGCAGGUGCAAGAGGCCGUGGCCUCCUGCCUGCCGCCCCUGAUCCCGGCCAUCAAGGAGGAAGCACCAGCGCUGGUCCAGAAGCUGCUCACCCAGCUGCUCAACUCGGACCAGUACGGGGAGCGGCGGGGCGCCGCCUACGGCCUGGCGGGGCUGGUCAGGGGCCUGGGCAUCCUCUCCCUCAAGCAGCUGGACAUCAUGAACACCCUUACCGAGGCCGUACAGGACAAGAAGAAUGCCCGUCGCAAGGAGGGUGCCCUGCUGGCCUUCGAGAUGCUGUGCAGCGUGCUGGGGCGCCUGUUCGAGCCUUAUGUAGUGCACGUGCUCCCACACCUGCUGCUCUGCUUCGGUGACAGCAACCAGUACGUCCGAGAGGCCACGGACAACACUGCCAAAGCGGUGAUGAGCAAGCUGACAGCACACGGCGUCAAGCUGACUCUGCCCUCUCUGCUGGCAGGCCUGGAGAACGACCAGUGGCGCACAAAAUCGGGUUCGGUGGAGCUGCUGGGGGCCAUGGCGUUCUGCGCACCGAAGCAGCUGUCUUCCUGCCUGCCCUCGAUCGUGCCCAAGCUGAUGGAGGUGCUGUCGGACUCGCACGUCAAGGUGCAGCGGGCGGGGGCCCAGGCCCUGCAGAACAUUGGCUCGGUUAUCAAGAACCCGGAGAUCCAGGCCAUCGUGCCAGUGCUCCUCGAGGCCCUGCAGGACCCCGCAGGAAAGACCUCGGGCUGCCUGGCCACCCUGCUGCACACCAAGUUUGUGCACUUCAUUGACGCCCCAUCCCUGGCCCUCAUCAUGCCCGUGGUGCAGCGCGCCUUCCAGGACCGGUCCACCGAGACUCGCAAGAUGGCCGCCCAGAUCAUCGGCAACAUGUACUCCCUCACCGACCACAAGGACCUGGCACCUUACCUGCCGGCCAUCAUUCCAGGCCUGAAACAGUCACUUCUCGACCCCGUACCGGAGGUGCGGAGCGUGUCGUCGCGUGCCCUGGGGGCUAUGAUCAAGGGCAUGGGGGAGACCUGCUUCGAGGACCUCAUUCCCUGGCUCAUGCAGACCCUCACCUCCGAGGCCAGCCCCGUCGACCGCUCGGGCGCCGCCCAGGGUCUGAGCGAGGUCCUGGGAGGCCUGGGGGUGGAGAAGCUCCAGACGCUGAUGCCGGAGAUCAUCUCGACGGCGGAGCGGACGGACAUUGCGCCGCACGUCAAGGACGGCUACGUCAUGAUGUUCAUCUACCUGCCCAGCGUGUUCCAGAAAGAGUUCACCCCCUACAUCUCGCAGAUCAUCAACCCCAUCCUCAAGGCGCUGGCGGAUGAGAAUGAGUUUGUGCGCGAGACGGCGUUGAGGGCGGGCCAGCGCAUGGUGAGCAUGUAUGCGGAGACAGCCAUGACCCUACUGCUGCCCCAGCUGGAGAAGGGCCUGUUCGACGACAACUGGCGGAUCCGCUACAGCUCCGUGCAGCUGCUGGGAGACCUGCUGUACAAGAUCUCAGGAGUGACAGGAAAGAUGUCCACUGAGACAGCAGACGAGGACGACAACUUUGGCACAGAGCAGUCGCACAAGGCGAUCCUGAUUGCCUUGGGGGAGGAGCGCCGCAACCGCGUCCUGGCGGGCCUGUACAUGGGGCGGCUGGACACGUCGCUGAUGGUGCGCCAGGCAUCGCUGCACGUCUGGAAGGUGGUGGUGACCAACACCCCUCGCACCCUGCGGGAGAUCCUACCUACCCUGUUCUCCCUCCUCCUGGGCUUCCUGGCCAGCAGCAGCUACGACAAGCAGCAGGUGGCUGCCCGCACCCUGGGGGACCUGGUGCGCAAGCUGGGCGAGCGGGUCUUGCCAGAGAUUGUGCCCAUCCUGGAGCAGGGGCUGGACUCGCCCCUGCCGGACCAGCGCCAGGGGGUGUGCGUGGGGCUCAGCGAGAUCCUGGCUUCCACCUCAAGGGACAUGGUACUCACCUUCCUCGACAGUCUCGUGCCCACAGUGAGGCGAGCCCUGUGCGACCCCCUGCGGGAGGUGCGGGUGGCUGCGGCGAGGACCUUCGACAACCUGCACUCCACCGUGGGCUCUCGGGCCCUGGACGACAUCCUGUCCCCGCUCCUCCUUCAGCUGGGUAACUCUGAGCUAGCAGAGAACACGUUGGACGGACUUCGCCAGGUGAUGGCCAUCAAGAGUAGGGUGGUCCUACCUUACCUGAUUCCCCAGCUGACGACGCCUCCGGUGAACACCAAGGCCCUGUCCCACUUGUCGGCGGUGGCCGGCGAAUCGCUGUCGAGGCACCUGCCCAAGAUCCUGCCCGCACUGCUGACCUCCUUCAGUGCAGCCAUCGACACCCCCAAGCAACAGGAGGAGCUGGAGUACUGCCAGGCGGUGGUGCUGUCGGUGGGGGACGAGGCCGGAGUGCGCACGGUGGUGGAGCAGCUGCUGGAGGGGGCCCGUCAGCGGGCGCAGCGGCGGGGGGCGGUGGCCCUGCUGUGCGCCUUCUGCUCCCACACCAAGGCACCCCUGGGGCCACACGUGCCCCAGCUGCUGAGGGAGCUGCUCCGCCUCUUCACGGACACGGACCGGCACGUGCUCCAGCUGGCCGGGGAGGCCCUGGCCGCCGUCACAAAGACCCUGGACACGAACCAGCAGAUAGAGUAUGUUGCGGACGUGAGGCAAGCCAUCCGUUUUGCAGUCAGCGAUCUCAAGGGACAGGAACACUUGCCGGGCUUCUGCCAGGAAAAGGGCAUCUCGCCGAUCCUGCCGAUCUUCCGCGAGGCAAUCCUGAUUGGUGUGCCUGAGCUGAAGGAGCAGGCAGCCCAGGGCCUCGGGGAGGUGAUCCGGCUGACGGACCCCGCCUCCCUAAAGCAGUCUGUGAUCAGCAUCACAGGCCCGCUGAUCCGCAUCCUGGGCGACCGCUUCAGCUUCGGGGUCAAGGUGGCCGUCCUCGAGACGCUGGCACUCCUCCUGGCCAAGGUCGGGGUGCAGCUGAAGCCCUUCCUGCCCCAGCUGCAGACGACGUUCCUGAAAGCCCUGAACGACGGCAACCGGCAGGUGCGGCUCAAGGCCUCGGUAGCCCUGAGCCACCUGAUCGUCAUCCACACCCGGUGCGACCCGGUGUUCCAGGAGCUGCACAACUCUGUCAAGAGCCAGGACGACGUGGCCGUCAGAGAGACGAUGCUGUAUGCACUGCACCGAGUGGUGGCGGCAGCGGGCAACAAGAUGUCGGACCUGAUGCGGCGCAGCGUGACCAUCACGGUGUCCUCGUACCUGAGCAGCUCGGAGGACGGCUGCCGCACGGCCGCUGCGGGCUGCCUGGGCUCGCUCUGCCGCUGGCUGCCCCCAGACGAGCUGGCCGCCUUCGCCAGGGACUACCUCCUCAACGACGACCCGAGCGAGGACUGGACGCUGCGGCACGGCUGCAGCGUGACGCUCUCGGUGGCCCUCAAGCAGGCCCCCGAGCGGAUCCUCACCGAGGAGUGGAGGGAGCGUGUCGUCAAGACCCUUGUCAAGUACAUGACUGCAGACAGGGUGCCAAUUGUGAUUGGGGGAGUGCGUGGCACCAGUUAUUUCCUGCACCAUGCGCUCGCCAACAAUGAAGAGGUGCCGCAGCUCCUGCUCACCACUUUUGCCAAGUGCCUGAACCACGCCAACAACGAGGUGAAGCAGCUGGUGGCCCAGUCGGUCCAGUGGCUCUCCCGGGGCACCCAGGAACCUGGCCGGGGCCUGGCGUCGUCCCAGCUGCUGCGCAGCCUCGUGCCGCAGCUGGUCAAUGGCACCAAAGAAAAGAACUCGAUGGUGCGGGCCAACAGCGAGUACGCCCUCGUGUCCCUGCUCCGGCUGCGCACCUCCACCCAGGGACUGGACGAGUGCCUGGAGGUGCUGGACCCGGGGGCGAGAGAGUCGCUGCAGGACGUGUACACCAAGGUGCUGCGCAAAGUGGUCUCCCAGCCAGAGCCCAGGGAGGAGGACCUGGACGACGGCAUCCUGUCCUGAUGGCCCCCCACAGUCCAGCCAAAUCGCUCUUCUGGUACCUUGCAGAAUAAAGUUGUAAAGUUUUUCCACUUGCC